UGACUAAAAUUUUCAUCAGUUACAGCAUCCAGAAUUCCAAGUGGCGCUCUGAUUGAAGUGAAGCCCAUUAAAGUUUCAGGACCCGACCUUACUUCAGCAAGCGCACCCAACAUCCUCCUCUAGCUAUAAAUCACCCCCUCACCCACUUCAAAAAUUACUCAUCAAAUUACAAUCAGGGGAAAAAUUUUGGACCAAGAUCAUGGAUUCCCUCAAAUCCUUCAAAGGCUAUGGCAAGAUGGAUCCAGCCGAGGACCGUGAGUUCCGCCGGAAAGCCAAGACUCGCCUCAUCCUGAUCGCCGUCGCCGUCGUCCUUCUCAUCGCCAUCGUCGCUGGAGUUGCCAUCUCUGUCAUCGUCAACAAACGGAAGAGUGUAGACAACUCCUCUUCCCCUCAAUCUACCAUAUCCGCAUCAUCUUCUAUCAAAGCGAUCUGCAGCGUCACGCGCUACCCUGACUCGUGCUUCGCUAGCCUUUCCUCCGCCGUGAUCAAUUCCUCCACCGUCGCCACCGAUCCGGCUGCCCUCUUCCAGCUUUCCCUGGUGGUUGCCUCCCGUUCCAUCUCAAAGCUCUCUUCCUUCCUCUCCACACUCAAAAUCCCUACCACCGACAUUCGGCUCCAGGCGGCUGUCAAUGACUGCAAGGAGCUUCUCGGUGACGCCGUUGAUCGGUUGAAUGACUCAGCCGCUGUUUUCACAACGGCUAAGCCCGGGGAAAAGAUCUUUUCCGACAUCAAAAUCAGCGAUCUCAAGACAUGGCUCAGCUCAACAAUCACCGACCAGGAGACGUGCCUGGACAGCUUCGAGGGGACCACCGGCGGCUUUCGCGAGAAGCUGGAGGCCGCGAUGGUGAAUUCGACGCAGUUCGCGAGCAACAGCCUUGCGAUUGUGACCGGGAUAAUGGGGAUUAUGGAGAAAUUGCAUUUUCCUCACAACAGGAAGCUGUUGGCUACCACGACGCAGAGGAGGGUUUUGUUGGCCGACGAAACAGAGGCGAAUGUAACUGUAGCGAUGGAUGGAUCAGGGAAGGUGAAGAGCAUCCAGGAAGCGGUGGAUAUGGUUCCAAGGAGGAGUUUGAGGCGGUUUGUAAUCUAUAUAAAGGAGGGUGAGUAUAAGGAAAAUGUAGUUGUCGACAAGAACAAGUGGAACGUCGUCUUGGUGGGCGACGGCAUGUACAAGACGAUCAUUACAGGCAACAAGAACUUCAUUGAUGGCACUCCCACAUUCUCCACUGCAACAUUUGUUGUCACCGGAAAAGGCUUCGUCGCAAAGGACAUCGGCUUCAAGAACUCCGCCGGCGCCGAAAAGCACCAGGCCGUCGCCCUCCGCUCCGGCUCCGACCACUCCAUCUUCUACCGUUGCUCCUUCGACGCCUUCCAGGACACCCUCUACGCCCACUCCAACCGCCAGUUCUACCGCGACUGCCACAUCAUCGGGACCGUCGACUUCAUCUUCGGCAACGCCGCCGUCGUCUUCCAAAACUGCAAGAUCCUGCCGCGCCAACCGCUUCCCAAUCAGUCAAAUACCAUCACCGCCCAGGGGAGAAAUGACCCCAAUCAAAACACCGGCUUCUCGAUUCAAGGAUGCACCAUCCAACCCUACGAUGCCGUCAAUCGCCCGACGUUCCUCGGCCGUCCCUGGAAGAAUUACUCCACGACGGUGAUCAUGAAAUCGGAGAUAGGGGCAGUGAUUGACCCGACGGGUUGGAUGCCUUGGGUGUUUGGUACUGUUCCGCCGGAAACCAUCAACUAUGCUGAGUUCCAAAACACCGGCGCCGGUGCGAAUGUAGCCGGCCGGGUCACGUGGCCCGGUUACAGGCCCGCGAUUGACGCGAAUGAGGCCAGCAAGUAUGGAGUGGGCUCUUUUUUGAAUGGCCGUGAGUGGAUAUCAGAGGCUGGUGUGCAGUUCGACGCUUCGACUUGAAUAUGUAAGGAAGAAAAUAUAGCGUCCUGUGAUGUUUAUUUUCUCACACAUAUGCGUGAAAUCACGCGAUAAUUUGUUCUAUUAUUUCGUGCAACCAAAAAGAAUUUGAGUAUAUUUGUCAAAUUAAGAAUAUAAAUAACAUAUUAAAAUUACUCGAUAUAUCAAUAUUAAUUUGAUCUAGAAUUUAUUAUGGAAGUUGCUUACUCAACAAAUAUUCUCAAGUAACUUUGUCUUAUGUAAAACAUUCUUGGAUAACUGGCUGGCGAGCCAUGGGAGAACUCAUAGCUUAAAAAGAUCAAGAAAAUUGAACCUUUAUCUUUCUAUUAUCAUCUAUGAAUGCAUUUUGAUAACUUGACAUACAAUUGGCAGUAACAGAACCAAGUGUUAGUAAUACUAAAGUGAAGCCAAUACAGAUCAAGUUAGUUGGGAGCUUAAGCUACCAAUUAAGAGGUUUUAGGUUCAAGUCUUAUGUAUGUUUGAGUUUGUAACUAUCUCAAAAAAAAAAAAAAAAAAAAAAAAA